GAAUUGCGCAUCGAUCCGGCACUGCCGUCCACUGAGAAGUUCAGCUCAAUGUUUGUGAACAGGAUUGGUAGCCGAGUGGCAUUGGGAAGCGCGCAGUCAGUGUUUGUCAUCGAAAUGCCCAACGAUUUCUGGUGCCGACAGCCUCUUUCGAUGCAAAAGGGUUGGAAGUUGCAUCAGAUCGGCACAUGGUACGAUCGAUAUCCUGAAAAUUCGUUGGUGCUGGAAGGAUCGAUAUGA